CUAAACAUAAUCCCGUAUGCUGCCAUGGACAGUGUGGAGAUGGAAUCUGUCCAGAUUAAAGAGGAGCUCCCUGAACUUGAACUUAUCCCCAUUAGAGUGGAGUUCUCUGGGCUGGCUUCCCUCCCCAUUAAACAGGAGCUCUGUGAGAUGCAAUGUUACAGCAGUCAGCCAGAGGUCUCUGAGAUUAAAGCUGAGCACAAUGAAUUGGAGAUCCCCCAGACAGAAGAACCCCUUCCUGUGAAACAAGAAGAGGUGCUGGAAACUGUCUGUAUUAAACAGGAGCCCCGUGAAGUAGAGUUUGACCACAUGGAACCAGUGACGGAAGAAUCAGAGGACUUCAAACCAAACAUCCCUGAGCUGGAGCCUGUACGCCUGCGAGAGUGUAGCGUGGUGCUGGAGAGAAUCUGCGUGAGAGAGCAAGGCGCUGGAGAGGAAGGCUCUCCCAACAGCAUGCAAGGAGGUGGAAAGGAAGACGGGCGCUCCCAUUCAGAAUGCAGUCUAGCAGGUUCCAGUCCAGCAGCUAAAGCGAGGGCGGGCGGUGGAGAAUAUCCUGACUGUGGGAAAGGGUUCACCCAGUUAGGAAACCUGAAAACACACCAGCAAAUUCAUACAGGAGAGAAACCGUAUCGCUGCUCUGACUGUGGGAAGCGUUUCAGAGAAAGAGGAACCCUGACAAAACAUCAGCGAAUUCACACAGGAGAGAAACCGUAUUGCUGCUCUGACUGUGGGAAGAGUUUCAGUGUGUUACAAAACCUGAGAAGACACCAGCGAAUUCACACAGGAGAGAAACCGUAUCGUUGCUCUGACUGUGGCAAGAGUUUCAAUCAAUUAGGACACCUGAAAACACACCAGCGAAUUCACACUGGAGAGAAAACAUAUCUCUGCUGUGAAUGUGGCAAGAGUUUCAAUCAGUUAAGACAUCUGAAAACACACCAGCAAAUUCACACAGGAGAGAAACCAUAUUGCUGCUCUGACUGUGGGAAGUGUUUCAAUGUGUUACAAAACCUGAUAAGACACCAGCGAAUUCACACAGGAGAGAAACCAUAUUGCUGCUCUGACUGUGGCAAGAGUUUCAAUCAGUUAGGACACCUGAAAACACAUCAGCGAAUUCACACAGGAGAGAAACCGUAUCACUGCUUUGACUGUGGGAAGAGUUUCAACAUCUUAGAAAAUCUUCAAACACACCAGCGAAUUCACACAGGAGAGAAACCAUAUCGCUGCUCUCACUGUGGGAAGAGUUUCAGUGUGUUACAGAACCUAAAAAUACACCAGCGAAUUCACACUGGAGUGAAACCGUAUCGCUGCAUUGACUGUGGAAAGAGGUUCAGUCACACACAAUCCCUGAAAAGACACCAGCGAAUUCAUACAGGAGAGAAACCGUAUCGCUGCUCUGACUGUGGAAAGAGUUUCAAUGUGUUACAAAACCUGAAAACACACCAGCGAAUUCACACCGGAGAGAAACCGUAUUGGUGCUCUGACUGUGGGAAGAGUUUCAAUGUGUUACAAAACCUGAAAACACACCAGCAAAUUCAUACAGGAGAGAAACCCUAAGGACCAUGUUCAUUCAGAAAAAAACAUUACCUUACAUUAUCCUGUGUAAUUUACUGUUUUGUGUAUCACUCUAAGAGCUUGAUUUUUAAAUGUUCAAAAUGCUCUUCAGCUCUCUUGCACUGUGAUUGUGUCAGAAAGUGGGCGGAGACGCGGACACGUCACAAGAGGCUUCUCUGCUGUCAGUUUAACUCAGGCUGUCAAUGCAGUCAGUGCCUGGGAGCGGGAAUAUGCAGAAAGGAAACUAUUCUGCACCUCAUCUGAUGGACGAGUCACGAGAAAUUGAUAACUCAGUGUGGGGAAUGAGUUUCAGGGUUUAGCAUUUAAACUGCAUAGACUUGAAAAUAAAUACAUUGAUGGGAACGAGUAUCCCGACCCCGGUAUGUAGCAUCCCAGAGACAAGACUGCACCGUCCUUACUGGACAACCGCCUGGAGGGUUUGUCUUGUACAUUCAUCAUGAUUCUAAAACUAAUGAAAAAUGAUAGUGUUGCAAUGAUUGAAUAUUUUGCAAUGUGUGUUGUCCAGGCUUUUAUUUUACCCUGCUUUUGUAAACUGCAUCGUGUAAUACAAGUGUAGCACGCAUGUGUACGGGUCAUAGGUACAGAAACUCAGACAGGUUUUAUCCCGGCUCUUACUUGCUCUUUUGCAGUGUUGGACCAUAAGAGUAUGAGCUUUGGCAGCCCUGAAUAAACAAGAUCGGGAAAUUACUAGCUGCUCAAAACAAAAGGAAGAUAAUACUAAAAGUGAGAGUUUGACUAUUUAAAUAAUCUAUAUUUAAAUUGUUAACAAAUGAGUCGUAUAUUAUUUAACAAUGUGUCCCGGUUUUGAGCUGUGGAAAUCGUGUCACCCAUAUUGAGAGUAUCACAUACCUGUGCUGCACACAAAGCAUGGACCGUACUGAAAACCUGCGGCUAACAGUAAUACAGCAGCAGGCAGAGGCUUCCUGUCCCGUUAGGCUUUCUGACACGUCUGAGUUGUAAUGGAAAUUGAAUCGGCCAGUGCGUCGCAUUGUCCACGCCUUGCGCAACAAAAUGUAAAUACAUUAAAUACAACUCUGUGGGGGGGUUGAUCGGGUUGUUUUUAUUUGAAACGACGACGUGUCUUAAAUCACUGCGCCGGGCACCCUUUUAGUACGUCACUGAAGCUCUUAUGAGCUACCUCGGUCACAUGACAAGUUUGUAUUCCGAAUUGAAGCGAGAGGUAGUCUUGAAUGAGGCAGAUGUGUAAGUAUAUGCUGUAAACCCAUCAUUUGUUAGGCGGGAGCACUCUUUCUGUUUCUUAGUGGGAGGGAGCAGUUCAGUCUCUGUGCCUCAAGCCUGCCCUGGACUGGAGGGAGCACCCUUUCUCUUAGGGGGGUGAGGGAUGGAGGGAGGGAGCAGUUCAGUCUCUGUGCCUCAAGCCUGCCCUGGACUGGAGGGAGCACCCUUUCUCUUAGGGGGUGAGGGAUGGAGGGAGGGAGCAGUU